AUUUCGCUGCAACCACCAACUAAUUAUGAGACAUUUUAAGUGGAUUUUGAGGUCUCAUAUGCAAUGCAUUGGCUUAUAAAUAGAGAAUUAUAAUCCCUAUAGAUGCAUUGUAUAAGAGAAGUUUUAUAUAAUAUAAUGAUGAUUAGUGACAAAAUGAAGGUUGCUGCAAAAUGUUGCAAUUUAUUCUUCACCACAACCUCUUUCCUUUUACUUAUCUCAGGUCUAGGUGUUCAUUCUUUGGAUUAUGAUUAUUCUGCAACUAUUGAGUGUAUGAAAGAACCUCAGAGGGCACAAUAUGGAGGGGGCAUUAUAGUAAAUUCAGAAUUUGAACACAACAUAGAGGGUUGGACAGUGUUUGGAAAUGGAAAAAUUGAGGAACAUAUAUCAAAUGAUGGAAAUAGAUUCAUUGUUGUUAGAAACAGAACACAAACAUUAGAUAGUUUUUCACAAAAUGUUCAACUCAAGAAAGGAUUGAUUUACAUGUUUUCAGCUUGGUUUCAGCUCAGUGAAGGAAGUGAUAUUGUGUCAGUUUUAUUUAAAAUAAAUGGAAGUGAACUGGUACGAGGUGGUCAUGUUAUAGCAAAGCAGGGAUGUUGGUCUCUUCUAAAGGGUGGCAUAGUUGCAAAUUUUUCAAGCUCUGCUGAGAUUCUUUUUGAGAGUGAGAAUCCAACUGUGGAGUUAUGGGCUGAUAGUGUUUCCUUACAACCAUUCACCAUAAAGCAAUGGAGAUCACACCAAGACAAGAGCAUUGAGCGGGUGCGUAAGAGUAAGGUGAGAUUCCAGGUAACUCAUCUAAACGAAACAGCAUUGGAAGGAGCAACAGUCGUCAUCAAACAAACAAAGCCAAAUUUUCCAUUCGGAUGUGCAAUGAAUAAGUAUAUCCUCACAAACUAUGAGUACCAGAAAUGGUUUGUGGCAAGAUUCAAAUACACAACUUUCACUAACGAGAUGAAGUGGUAUAGUACAGAGCAAAUUCAAGGCCAGGAAAACUAUACUAUAGCAGAUGCCAUGUUGAAAUUCGCCAAAGAAAAUGGCAUAUCUGUCAGAGGUCAUACCAUUUUUUGGGACUGUACAAAUUUACAGCCUGGAUGGGUUAAGUUCCUAUCUCCUAACGAAUUACGAGAAGCAGCAGCAAAAAGAAUGAAUUCGGUGGUUUCAAGGUAUAACGGACAACUGAUUGCAUGGGAUGUUGUGAAUGAGAAUCUCCACUGCCACUUUUAUGAGGACAAAUUCGGUGAAAAUAUCUCUGCAAAAUAUUAUUCAACAGCUUACCAUCUUGAUCCAAAAACUACCAUGUUCAUGAAUGAGUAUAACACAAUUGAAUACAGUGGAGAUCAUUUUGCUAGCCCAGCCAAUUACAUCAGGAAACUUAAGGAGAUUUGGAAAUUUCCAGGAACUGCUGGAAUGCCAAUGGGCAUAGGGGUGCAAGGCCAUUUUGCAUGGGGCGUCCCAAAUCUUGCUUACAUGAGGUCAGGUCUAGAUCUUCUUGGUGCAACUGGACUUCCUAUAUGGCUCACUGAAACCAGUGUGAAAGCUCAGCCAAAUCAGGCACAAUACUUAGAAGAGAUACUAAGAGAGGCAUUCUCUCAUCCAGCUGUUCAAGGGAUUAUAAUGUUUGUAGGUCCAGCACAAGCCGGUUUCCGCGGUACAGUCCUCGCAGAUGCAAAAUUUCAAAAUACUCCAAGUGGAGAUGUUGUGGACAAGCUAAUUAAUGAGUGGGGAACUGGACCUAAAAUAGCCAUAGCAGAUAGUAAAGGAAUUGUAGACAUUUCAUUACAUCAUGGAGAUUAUGAUGUUACUGUUACACAUCCUCUAACCCAAUACUCCAAAAAAUUGAAUGUAAGUGUGAGGAAAGGAUUUUCACCCGAUACCAUUCAUGUGAAAAUGCAUGCCUAAAAAGAAACCAAAUUUUAUAACUUCUGCUGAAGCCACCAAUAGUUACCAAUGUAGUUUUGAAAGAUUAUACUAAUAAAAUGGUUUGAAGCAUCAAGCUUGAUUA